AUGAACCUUGCUCGGCAACAUGUUGUCCUCGCCGCCUUUGCAGCCUUCAUUGCGUGGGGGCUUGCCGUGCGCUGCUUUCCUGUCCUGCGUCUCAUCGGGUAUGCCUUCACGCUUGGAUGCCUCCUCACGAUAUCCCUUUUUCUUGCAGCCACCUUGACGGUCGCCCGGCCCCGAGCAACUUACCACGAAGACCACCUUCCCACCGGGCCAUCUCCGGUCUUCCUUCGCCCGCAGAAAUGGCAGUCGGAAGUGUCGAUGUUGGAGGCAUCUCGACGUUACCAACCCAUACAGCUUUACGACCAAUCUUUCGUCGUCUCGCAGGCGCUUGACACCCUCGUCGGUCUUGCACUCAGGGAUUUUGUGUCCUCGUGGUACAAGAAUAUUUCGACGAGCCCCGUGUUUGUCAAUGAGGUGGACAGAAAUAUCCGCGUCGCCCUUGUGGGGAUCCGGGAUCGCAUACUCAAGGAGGACAUGGUCAAUGUGAUCGUAUCGAAAAUCGUGCCCAUCCUGUCAAUGCAUCUACGGGACUAUGACCAAGCUGAGCGGCUUGUCCGAGGACGCAGCCUCAAUCGUAGCCUCACCGAGUCCGAAGAGCUUGAGCUGGCUAUUGCAGCGAAAUACCGGGAUGGGAAACUUCACCCGGCGGCAUCUCUUGCCUACCCUGACACGAAGACAAUUCAGCAAGACCAUCUCCGCAAAGUUCUGGUCCGGAUACUUCCGUAUCUCCUCCCACCGACCAUGACGGCAAGCCGAGCCACCUUGGUUCUGGUCAAAGAAAUUGUCGCUUGUGCCGUGCUGUUCCCGAUCUUGCAGAUGCUAGCUGACCCCGACACAUGGAAUCAGAUAGUGGAGGCUUAUGGAAGAACCACUUUGCAAGACAGGAAGACCGUCCGAAGGAUGCGGGCCGCCUUGGACCAGCAUGCCUCUCCAGUGCCAAAAGGAAGUGUCAACCAAGAACUACCGCGGCUUGCUCCGAACGACAGCGAGCGUGCCUUCGAAAGAUUUGUCAGGGCCAUACGCAAGACCAAGAGCUUGUCUGACGCGCGGAGAUUUCGGAAUGCCAUCGCCAGUCAGAUUCAGCGCGAGAGCGCGGUUGAGGGCCAGGAUCCCGUCUACCUGCGCCGGUUAGAAAUGGCGAAGCGUGUCUUGGACCAAAAAAUUGCGAAACUCGGUCACCCGGGAGGACCACCAAAGGUGAUGGCCGCAAACCCCGAGUUGCGGCUUCAUCCAGCCGCGAAAGCACGUGAAUGGACCCUGGUGGAAAUCAUGCACACUGCUUCAGGGCUAUCAUACUUCAUGGAAUACAUGGAUCGACAACAUUUGAUGUCCUUGGUGCAGUUCUGGGUGGUGGUGGAUGGGUUCCGAAACCCUCUCGAGGACGAUUUCGGCGACGAACUGAAUCCGCAGCAGACUUGGACUGACGCGGACCGCAUGGACAUUGCCCAGAUCAGCGAGACCUACAUGUUCAUGCCCGAGCUGAAUGUACCGCAGGAGUCCAAGAAUGCCAUCAAGGCCUUCCUCGUUGCCGGUCGUAAGGCGACCCCGCAACAGUAUCGAGCAGCACGCACCGCCAUCCUUGCCGCCCAAUCUGCUGUUCUGGAAGAAUUAGAAAAAAGUCAUUUUCCAAAAUUUCGAAAGUCGGAUCUGUUCUUCAAGUUCCUUGCUUCUGCCGAGGCGGCGGCAUCACACCGUUCCGGGCCUCGCAGUAUGGACGAUGUAGGAGACCUUGACGAAGCCUCGCCGACAGCCGCAGCAAAUACCAAAACCCGGACCUCUUCGAUGGUUCGGACCAAUUCUCAGCCUGUUUCCCGUUCCAAAGACCUGAGACGAGUAGCAACAUCUUCGACAGAUGUUCACAGUCUGGCGUCGUCUAAGCUAUUCGAUGAUUUCGACGCCGUAAGACGCACAGGGUCUUCGGCGCCGCUGUUCGACGACGGGUAUGAGACCGAUCCAUUGGCACAUUCCACUCAAAGCUUAGGCAACGAGUCAGUGAAUGGUGACUCCGCGGAGCAACGUCAGGUGAUAGAGAACAUGGAGGCGGCUAUGAAUACCAUCAUGACCGAUAGUCCGAUGGACGAGAGCACGAGCUAUGAUGAUGCUGCGCUCUUUGGGUCUCCGACAUCGGCUUCUCGAUCGACACGGACUACAGACUCUCCUCGAGGGUCGCUGGAUCUUCAAACCACCGAUGGUGUGAACAGACAAAAACCGAGUCUCGCGACGUUGGGGCUUGUCAACACAUCGUCAAGGAUCGGGGUGUUCGCGGACAACGACCUCUUUCCAGACGAAGAGAAGUUUCCCGAGGACGAGUACGUUGACGAGGAUGAAGAGAAAGACAAGGAAGUAGACGAAGAUGAAAUCCACGAAGCUGCACCGGGAGAUCUCGGACUCGCCGAAGCUAUCACGGCACUGAGCAAUGAUAUCGAGCGUCUCGUCUCGCAAGAAUCGGUCGUGGAUGCACUGACACGGAAGGCUGAACUGACCAACAACGUGGCGGAAUUACGGAUUCUCGCCAAAUCCAAAUCAAGUCUCCAAAGGGAGAUUAGACGCAAGGAACUGCAACGCCAACAGUACAUUGUCCAGGAAAGCGACAACAGCUUAUAUGGCCGGUCGAGUAUUUCGAUCAAGUCGGUGGUUGUGGGGAAGGAGGAGGAUGGCCGCGAAUUCGCCUUGUAUGUCAUCGAGGUGUGCCGACAAGCUGGAGAUCAAAUGCCCGCCGCUGUCUGGGCGAUUCCUCGCCGAUAUUCCGAAUUCCACGAUCUCCACCAACAAUUACGUCGCCGAUAUCCCACCACAAGGACACUGGAGUUUCCUCGGCGUCGAGUCAUGAUGAAGCUCCAGAAACAAUUUCUCCAGAACCGUCGUGUCGCAUUGGAGCAUUAUCUACAACAGUUGCUACAAAUGCCUGACGUCUGUCGCAGCCGCGAGUUAAGGUCAUUUCUUUCCCAGCAAACCGUCAUAUCUCCACAGAACACGAGCAAUGCGUCCGAUGCUCAAGAUAUUGUGACGCGGAUCUACAAUUCUGUCACGGAUGGCAUGGACGAAUUUCUCGGAAACGUCUCGGUGCUUGAUCAAUUAUCGGUCGCGGGGCAGAAUCUGAUAUCGGCUGCUACCAACCAGCUGGGGAUGAACCAAGGGGAUAUCUUGCCCAUGGAGCCGAGUCCCGUCGCUGAGGCGGAAGCGGAGUUGUCGGCGUUUGAAGACAAGGAGCUGGAACCAUUUGUCAAGCCCAUCUGCGACUUGUUCCUGGAAGCGUUUGAGCUGAACCGCGGGAACAAUUGGCUUCGCGGCCGUGCGGUUAUUAUGGUCCUCCAUCAGUUGCUUGGAGGCACGAUCGAACGCAAGGUUAGGGAACUUGCCAAAGGGUUCACCCAGGAGGAAUCCCUGCUCCGAUAUAUUGAGAUGGUUAAGGAAACCAUGUGGCCCGGCGGUGGCAAGAUGAGAGAGGCCAAGCCACGAACUGCGGCGGAAAAGAAGGAGUCUCGAGUGGAGGCGUCGAUGAUGUUGGCGACCCUCAUCCCGGAUCUGGCAGCGAAUGUUGUCGGCCGGACGAAUGCUCAGGCCGCUGCUCGAAGAUUGUCGGCGACCAUGAACAAUGCACGGCUCAAUCAACAUCUCGUCUUUACCAUACUCGACGAGAUCAUUGGGGUCUUGUUCGAUCCUGCCAAAGGGUGA